CUGCAGCCAGCCCUCUGCCUGGCGUGCCCCUGGUCGUGCCCAGCAUGGGUUACGUUGAACCUGGCAAGCAGCAAGUGCUGAAAGUCUAUUACCUGCCAGGAGUGCCUGGAGUCUUCUGCAGGGCUUUCCAGAUCCAAGUGGGUCACCUGGAGCCAGAAAAAGUCUGCCUGAAAGGAGAAGGGACCUUUCCCAGGAUCCACUUGGACCUGCCCAGGAACAUCAAAGGCAACGCCAAAUAUGAGAAGAUCCUCCAAAAGGCCCAAGAAAAGCUGGACAAAGGCAGCCAGAGAGAUGAGGCCAUUGCUCUGGGGGAGGCUGUGGCAGCCGAGCCCCGCAUGGACGACUCGGGCACCAUGUGGGAUGCUCAGCUGCAGAUGCAGAUGGAGGAGAUGCUGAUGGAGGAACAUGCCGUGGAGCAGCAGAAAGCUCUCAGCUCCCGUCCCCCGGAGGACACUGCCUUUCACCAGCGUGUACAUCGGAGGCUUCUCAAAGCUGAGCUGCCCGAAUACAUCCUGGACCUUGGCUAUGUUGUUCCCGGUGACAUCCACACACACAUGGUGAAGAUCACCAACACUGGGCACUUCCCCGCAUCUUUCCGUGUCGAUGGAUAUGUCCUGUAUAACACAGGCUUCAGCGUGUGCCUGGAGCGUGUGAAGCGCCUGCCCUCCUGUGAGAGCAAGACAUUUGAAGUGUGCUUCGACCCACAAAGUGCCAACCUGCCCCUGGGAAAAGUGGAUGUGCUCCUGCCCAUCAAGGUCAGAGGAGGCCCCACAUUCCAGGUCCGCCUCCGUGCCAUGGUGGCUGAGCCGUCCCUCUGCGUGUCCAGGGACAGGCUGGAGUUCUCUGCUGUCCAGUGUGGACAGUGCCAGGAAGAAACCAUCCAGCUCCACAACACGUUCCAGGUCCCCUGUAAAUGGUCCAUCAGCAUGACUGAUCCUGUUGAGGAGGUGGACAAACAUCUGCCAGGGAGCGAGCACCAGAAGCUGCUGGAGGAGAUGAAGUCUGUGCCCUGUGGCUUUGAGGUGCUGCCCUCAGCUGGAAGCCUCGCUCCAGGACAGCAGUGCCACGUCCAAGUCCGUUUUUCACCCACGGAAGAGAAGUGCUACCGGGGCGAGCUGCAGAUCCAGAUUUGCCAGAGCAGCCAACGCCUGCAGGUGCCGGUCUUGGGACGUGGUCUGGAGCCACGGCUGGAGUCCAUCCCCGCAGAGCUGGAGCUGGGACCGCUGCUGCCCCAGAGCCAUGGGGAAGAGGGGACAGUGGUGGUGAAGAAGCCCUGUGAGGUUUACUCAGUGCAGUUUGAGCAGCAGCACCUUGCUGAGGAGCAGCCCCUACAGACACCGAAAAAUGACAACAGCCCCAACAGCUUGUUGCUGCCUCCGUGUGCCCCGGGAGAGAAGCUGAAUGCUGAGGCCCAAGGAAGGGGCAUAAAAAUGAAGGUUGACGUUGUGGAUCCACCAGGAAAGGUGGUGAAGCUGGGAAACGUCUGCAUUGGACAGACGGUGAAGAAGAUGGUCACCGUAGCCAACAAGAGUGCAGCCCCUCUCACCUUUAAGCUGAGGGUCACGUCCACUGUGCCAGAGUUGCAGGAAGCUGGGGUUCUGUGCUUGAAGCCCAGCAAGGAUCUAAAGCUGAAGGGCAGAGGAGACACCUGCAAAGUGGAGGUGACCUUCUCCCCGAAGCGCCGCAUGCAGCCGUUCAGCGGGGAAGUGCUGCUGGAGUGCCACGGGGCAGCCUCGUGA